AUGUCAACAUCACCAGAGGUCGACAUUGAGGUUAAGGUCGCAUGGUGGUAUAGCCGCGAGAACAUCUUGAUUGCCUGGCUUGAUCGCGAUUUACGACCCUCUGGCCAUUGCCUCAUCUCCUUGCCUCUCCGCCGACGUCCCACAACACACUCGAUCGACCUUGCUACCGCCAUGAAGCCCUACAUUGCCGCGCCGGCUAUCCUAGCCUUAAUAUACCGUGCGUGGUCGCACAAAUCGCUCACUCUUGGAGGCAUAAUCACGGCAGCAGUAACCGCUGUCGCUCAUGCGUCUCAUCCAUGGAGUCUUCCCUUUGCGCUCCUAGCAAUCUUCUUCCUAGUAGGAACGCGUGCAACCAAGGUCAAGAAGGAUAUUAAGGCGACGUUGACGAUCCCGUCCAAAGGCACAUCUGGCGGCGAAGGACCGCGGACCCACGUCCAAGUGCUUUCGAACUCCGUCGUUGCUUCUGUCCUAUCCGUUCUCCAUGCAUACCAACUCCACCGUCGAUCGCAGACCCUCGCUGGACUUUCCACAUCACCCGAUGAUUUCUGUUAUCCUUGGGGAGGCGAUCUCCUUAUAGUGGGAAUCAUCGCCCAUUACGCUGCUGUAACUGCCGAUACUCUCAGUUCCGAGCUCGGAAUCCUAUCGAAGAGCCCGCCGCGACUGAUCACGUCAUUGUCGUUCCGACAAGUACCUCCCGGCACAAAUGGCGGCGUUUCCCUCGCUGGAACGUUGGCCGGCGCUCUAGGAUCUGCUAUUAUCGCUCUCUCGUCAACAUUUCUUAUUCCUGCAUGUACCGACACCAAUGCUUUGGGGAGCUACGUAGAUGGUGUUUGGACUCUGGAGAGGAGAUUAAUAUUCGCCGCCGCCAUCACUCUCUGGGGAUUCCUUGGGAGCCUUCUUGACAGCAUCCUGGGCGGGCUCCUACAACGGACUGUCAAAGAUCGCCGCACCGGAAAGGUUAUCGAGGGAGAAGGAGGAGAGAGGGUGCUGAUCUUGUCCGAGUCGACCCAGUCCGUGUUCGCCCCAAUCGAAUCGGCUGUGCUCUCUGGAGAGGCCGAAUACGCAGUCGAGCAUACGGAUGCCACGGCUACGGCAGGGUAUAAACCUAACAAGGACUCUCGCAAGAACAGGUUCGAUGCCAAAAAGAGGCAUCGUAGGGCCAGCUUCGGAGAUGAGCGGCCUUCGAGAAUUGUUGAGAGCGGCCACGACUUGCUCGAUAAUAAUCAGGUCAAUUUGUUGAUGGCAGCGAUCAUGAGCUUCGGCGCGAUGGCUGUGGCUGGAUAUUUUUGGGGGAUCCCCUUGAGCACUAUUGUCCCGCCAGUUAUUGUUUAA